AUGGGCAGCUGUUUAGCUCCUAUCUUGGCCGACGUAUUUAUGAUUAAAUUGGAACAAAAAUUAAAUAAAUUAUCGUUCAACAAACCACAAUUGUAUUUAAGAUAUGUCGACGAUGUAUUCUGUGUAUUUUCAAAAAAACAGAAUUAUGAAACAUUUCUAAACACCAUUAAUCAAUGGCAUCAAAAUAUUCACUUUACUGUGGAAGUUGAAAAUAAUGGACAAUUGCCGUAUCUUGAUGUUAUGAUCAUGAGAAACAGCAAUGAUAGAAGAUAUGACACAACGUUGUACAAGAAGCCUACUGAUACCGGGUUAUAUUUAUUAUAUCAAUCCAAUCAAUGUCGAAGGUACAAGCUAGGUCUUAUCAAAACGUUGACAGUACGCAUUCUUCGGAUCUGUUCAACACCACAACUGAUUGAAACACAAUUGAAACGGCUAACAGAUAUAUUGGGUGAUAAUGGUUAUCCAUCACAUAUUAUUCGAAAAGGGAUUCUUGAAGGGAAGGUCAUUGCAAAACGAUUGGAAAAUCCUAAACAUAGAAAAGUUAUAAAAUUACAAUCAAAGUUAAGGAAUAUAUUCUUCACAUUACCAUAUUUUGGAGAAGAAACGUUUGUAUUGGGACAAAGAAUCAAGAAGCUAUGCAAACAAAUGAUUCCAACAGUGGAUUUGAAAAUUGCAUAUAAAAAAACGCUGACAUUGAAAAGUAUAUUUUUACCAAUACAAAAGGGCUUAGAUGAAAGUAGGAAAACGAAGAAUAUUGUCUAUUCUAUUCCUUGCACAAACUGUGAUUUUAAAUAUUUUGGAGAAACAUCGAGAGACAUUAACAUUCGUAUUGAGGAACACCGUUAUGAUGUGCGCAGGCACGCACCAAAUUCAAAAAUUGUUCAGCAUGUCCAUGAAAAGAAACACGUUAUGGAUUUUAACAAUGCAAUUACUGUUGCACAUGAAACCAAUUGGAAAAGAAGAACGAUCAAAGAAAGUCUGCUGACACAUUCAGCUGCAGUAUUAUACUUUAUAUUUAAAACGUACUAUAAUUUUGGUUGUGUAAUGUUUAAAAAAGAAAAUUAUGAACAAGCUUUAAAGAAUUUUCAAAAAGCUUUUAAUGAACUUGUUAAACGAACCGAUACUAAAUGUGAUACUAUAGAAAAAGCCGAUAUUUAUAACAAUAUUGGGUGUGUAUAUUAUAGAAAACUGGAGUAUGAUAAGGCACUCGAAAAUUUUCGACAAGCAUAUAAAAUUGCAUUAAAAAUUUCAUCAUCACUAACAACAGAAUAUCUCAAUAACAUAUCAGCUACAAUUCGAAUUCGUGAUGAAUCUGUUAUUUCUGAACACGACAAUACGGUAUUAGCGUUGAUCGAUGCCGCAACGGAUUCUAAUCAAGACUUUAAUGCUAUCUACUUGAAUUCAUCAUAUAGUGAAAACGAUGAAGAUCAUACAAAAUUAAAACGUAUUUUCAAUAAUCUUAAAUUAUUUAGACAGUCGUGGGAAUACAUACGUUAUUUGGUUCAAAAUAAAGCAAAAUCACAAAUUAUAUUGAUCGUUUCAAAUGUAUUAGCUUUACAAAUCAUUUCACUGGUUCACGAUCGACCAGAAAUUCUUCAUAUUUACAUUCAGUGUCAAAAUGAACAAGAACAACAGUAUUGGACUGAAAAAAAUUAUUUAAAAACUCGAAAUAAAAUUUUCAUUGACAAAAACCUACUCUAUGAACAUUUAAAAGCAUUUGUAAUAAAUGAGAAGGAUCAUGAAGAGAAUUUAACGUAUAAAAAAAUAUUACCUAAAUUAACUUAUUUUAAUGAAAAAAAUGACAAAAAUUGUGCAAUAAAAAAUUUAAAUAAGUAUUCAAUUGAUUUUAUUUGGUUUAAGUUAAUAAUUGAAAUUCUGUUAAAAAUGACAAAUAUUGACAGAGCAAAGCAGAUUAUGAUACAAGUUAGUCGUGGAUAUUAUCGUAAAUAUUAUCGUGAUAAUGAUAGAAAAGAAAAUGGUAAAAAAGAAAACGAUAAUAUUACUGAAUUUGAAUUAGAUCAAACUACUUCCGAUAAUGCAAUACGUUGGUAUACACGACCGUGUUUUUGUUAUCGUUUGACAAAUAAAGCUCUCUACAUUUUAUAUAAGCAGAAUCAUAAAGACGCAUUGACACCAAUAGUUUUAUAUCGAGGUAAAAUUUUAUCAUCUAUUACACUACAAAAUUUGAAAGAUAACAUUGGCGGUUUAGUGUCAAUGAACGGUUUCAUAUCAACCACUAGUGUUGAACAAGUAGCAGAUAUUUACUGUAGUCGUGAUCAACAAAACAGUUCAAAUUAUGAACAGACCUUUUUUAGAUUAAAUAUUGGUAUUAAUAGUCAAGUACCUUAUGCUUCAAUCCAGGAGCAGAGUCAAAUUCCCGAUGAAGAUGAAGUCUUAUUUUCUGUUGGUACCGUAUGGCGAAUAAAAUCUGUAGAUCGAGAUGAAGAUAAAGUGUGGAAUAUUGUAUUAGAUUUAGUGGCAGAAUAUGAUCAAUGUUGUAUUGAACUGACAACUUACCUAAAAGAACAGUUGGGUGAAGAGACAACAUUGUUAACAUUAGGUAACUUUUUAAGUGAAUUAGGUGAAUAUGAAAAAGCUAUUCGGUAUUAUAAGAUUCUCUUGAAUGAGUUACCUGACGAUGAUAGUGAACGUGGUACAAUUUAUAAUAAACUUGGUUAUUUAUGGUAUGAACAGGGUGAAUAUUCAUUGGCUGAGGAAUAUUAUCGGUUAGCGAUACAUUAUUUGAAAGAUAAAGAAGAUGAGGAUAUAAACAUUAACGAUAAUCCAUUCGAAUCGAUUAAUGUACUUGUUUCUAAUUCUACUAAUCAACUUCUAGCUGCUGAUUCAUUUCCAUCUUCGACUACAACCACAUCCAGAUUCAGAUCGUUUGAUGAUAGAAUUGAUUUAAUAACAAAACCACUAAAAGCCAAUCAUUCAUCAGCUGGUAAAAUCAGAAAUAAUCAAGGUCUUGUCUAUUAUGGUUAUGGAGAUUACAAGACAGCUUUGGGUUAUUAUGAACAAGCUCGAAAUCUAUUUGAAGCUGAACCAGCAAAAAAUGCAUGUGCACUUGAUUUAUCAGCCGUAUAUAAUAAUGAGGGUGUUAUUUAUUUUAACCAGGGAAAAUAUCAAGAUGCUUUGGAUAGUUUUGAAAAAGCAAUUACGACUGCUAGUAAACAAUUCCCGUCUAAGCACCCUUGGAUACUUGAUUAUAUUAAGAAUCAGGAUGCAGUCAUAAAAGAACGACAAAGAACAUAA